AUGCUGGUCUUUUCAGGUGAAGACCAUUUUAGACAGCGUUUGACGCUGGCCACGCUCAGUGGAACCCCGAUCAAAAUCACAGGUAUCAGACCCGACGACAUGAAUCCUGGUUUGAGAGACUAUGAGGUCUCUUUCCUUCGUCUUCUCGAGGCUAUCACCAAUGGAUCCGUCUUUGAGAUCUCUUAUACUGGUACUACGGUUAUUUAUACUCCAGGACUUAUUAUUGGUGGUACCCACACUCACAACGCGCCAUUAACACGGGCUGUCGGGUACUUUAUUGAGCCGCUGCUUUGGCUUGGACCGUUUGGCAAGAAGCCGUUGACCAUUACUUUAAAAGGAAUCACAACUGCACCUUUAGACGCGGGCGUCGAUGCAAUCCGGACAGUUUUGUUCCCAACUCUUGAGAAAUUCGGUAUUCUAGACUCCGAAUUGCGUAUUGUAAAGCGAGGAUCAGCUCCCAAAGGCGGAGGAGAAGUCAUUCUUCGCAUGCCUUUCCAGGUAUUACAGCCAUCCACAAUCCAUGCCCAGAAUCUGAUCCAAGUGAACAAGAUCCGCGGUAUUGCGUACUCUACCCGCGUCAGUCCUGCUUCUGUUAACCGUGUGAUUGAAGCCGCCAGAGCUGUGCUCAAGCCUGCCCAGGUGGAAACGUUUGUCUAUUCUGAUGCUACCCGUGGAGACGAAAGCGGAUUGAGCCCUGGUUUUGGUAUCACAUUGGUGGCUGAAACUCGCUCUGGCUGGCCGGUGGGAACUCAGGCAGUGGCCGACGCUGGUAGCGUGCCCGAAGAACUCGGUGCGCAGGCAGGUCGACAGCUACUCACUGAAUUGGCCAUGAGAGGUGCCGUCGGACGGCUUGAACUCCCACUGGUGCUCGUCAUGAUGGCUCUGGGCAAAGAGGACGUUGGUAGACUCUUGAUUGGCAAGCAAAUGAUGGAUGCCAGUACUGUUCAGCUUUUAAGAGAGAUCAAAUCGUUCAUGGGCACUCAAGCCACUGUUAGAGAGGAAUCUGAUGGGUUGAUGCUGACCAUCAAAGGAUCAGGAUUUGUCUCGGCCAGUAAAAAAAUUGCAUAG